AUGGCCCAUAGCGCGUUGCCGAUGCCGCGGCAUCCCGUUGGUGAAGACGCCGCGUCCCAAGGGGAGAAGCGCAAGAAGAACGUCGACCACAGCCACGUCGACCUGACAAGCACAGCCAAGCGGGUCAAGGUCGAUGACGUGGCGCCAGAGACGCCACCGUCCAAAGCGUCGGCGCUGUGGGUGCAGCAGUCGCACGUCGUGGUCGGAAAGCCAAAACCGGCCAUGAUGCGCAAGUCGGCAUCCGUCAACGACUUGUGGGUCAAGCAAUCGAUUGCUCGGGCGUUGCGUUGGCUCGCCAUCGACCCAAGGCACGCAAGCCACGACGACGACCCAAAACUUGGCAUUCAAACCAACAACCAAGCGGACCAUCGGCAGCUCAACAACCGAUUGCAUUAG